GUGGACCCCCAGGUUACGUCCUACCACAACAUUCGCGCUGCACCGAGCAUCUUCUCUCCCAUCGUGGGCACGCUCGAGGCCUACGACGUGAUCGAAGUCGCUCAGACGAUCCAGCUUUGUGCUUCGGAUAGCAGUCUUGAGUUUUGGGCGCAAAUCCUUCGAAGAACUGCAGGGCCUGCUCCAUGGAUUCUGAUCUCCGACUCAGAUAGCGAAUACAUGGUAAAGCUGCUUCGCCGCGGAGACGCACUGCAGAAGCCCGAGGAGUGGGUGCCACCACUUCCGGAUGAGGCGCCCUAUGGAGAAGCUGCCCAGUCUGUGAACUUCUACUUGGCUGCCGCGUUAGGUGACGAGGCGUCCGACCUCCCGGAGAUGAUCGCGGCUUUGGCCGACCACGAGUUUCGCCUCGGCCGGGAGGCUGCAGCAGUGGCAGUCCUCGAGGAAGAAGCGAAUUCCAUCAGAGAGGAGGCCCGGGCCUACGAGCGCGAGCUCGAGCGGCGACGGGGAGACCGUGCAGCGACGCAGAGGCGCUAUCAGCGGCUGAAGCAGCGAGAGGCGUGGAAUGUUGCGAACGCACAGAUUGAGCUGCAGCUGGCACAGGUCGAAGACAUGCUGGAUGAUGCGACGGAUAAUGCCGAAGCGAUCUGUGCCUCUCAGCUGGCGCUGCAGCGUGCCCGGGAGCGGGAGGAGUCGGAGCGGGAGACUGAGGCACAGCGCCGUCGCCGGAAGAAAGCCAUCAGCCGUCUGGGCGCCCAGCUGGCAGCGAGCAUUGGGGCAGAAGCUGAGGCAAAGCCUGAGGAGUCCUCUGUAGCCAACGACAGCAAACUCGUCGAGGCCAUGGCCGGCCUGGAGAACCUCGUCGGCCGUCGCUAUUUGCAGGGCGGCGCAGCCCUGGCCAGCCUCGAGGACCUGGGCUUCGGCAGCUCUUGGGGCAACGCAGAGCCUGAGGCAGAACUGCCAGCCUCUGCCCGCUGA